AUGGAAGAGUGUCGAGGAAUCAAGAACGGCCAAAAGUAUUGCACUCGAGGUCUGGAAGGACACACCACGCUGGGAUCCAUUAGUAAAAAGAAAACAAGAACAGCUGCGUUCGCAGCAGUACUAAAUGAGCAAGCAAGGCAAUGGAACAAGAACGAACAAGUCGAGAUUCAAGCCAUUGCUCAUGCAUACAGAAAAACCAGCGCAAGCAGCCAAAUGUGGGCUCAAGUCAUUGGCAACCAAGACCGACAGGACGCAGAUGCUUAUCUCUACGAAGAUGAAGAAGAGAACGACGAUGUUGAUGCGACUACUACGGCAGAUUCAAUCAAACCCGCAGAGGGGUCGGUUUUCAAAAGCCCCGUAAGCCAAAAACGAAUGUUGAGUGUAGAGAGCGCAGCUAUUACCAUGAUCCAGCAAGGAGCAAGGGCGGCAUGA